AUGAGAAUGAGUUCAACUGAGACGUUUCAGUUGGAUGUAUGGAAAGGUGACUGGGGAUUGCCAUCAGUUGGCAUUCGUUGUUUGCAAAUCUUGGCCUAUGCAAAAUUUAGCAAUGCUCCAAUAAAAGUAAAUCCGAUAUGUAAUCCCUUCCGAACACCACAUGGACAUUUUCCAGUUCUUCGAAAUGGUUCUAAUGCAAUAGACUCUGUUCCACAGAUAAUUAAUUUUUUAAAAGAGAAAAAUUACUCUCCAGAUAAUUCAUUGAGCUCCAAAGAACGAGCUGAUAUUGUGUCAUAUGAAUAUUUGUUGAAAGAAAAGCUUUACCCAGCUCUUCAAUAUGUCUGGUGGUUAGACCAAAAAAAUUUUAAUGACUUAAUAAGACCUUGGUAUGCGAAAGCGAUACCAUUUCCGUUUAAUUUUCACUAUCCAUCAAAGUACGAAAAACAUGCUCGAACUUUGAUGGAAGCGCUGUACAUAAACGAAGAUGUAAUGACUGUAAUUGAAAGCAAAGUAUAUUCCGAUGCACAAAAAUGCAUAACUCUGCUGUCAACAAGGCUAGGAGACUCGGAAUAUUUUUUUGGUCCAAAUCCAACUUCGUUAGACGCAUUGAUAUACGCAUAUCUAGCUCCAUUAUUAAAAGCGCCACUGCCAAAUCCAGCUUUACAAAAUCACCUGAAAGCUUGCACAAAUCUCAGUAAAUUUAUAUCACGGAUAUCACAACGUUACUUUGAAUAUGACUACCAAGAGUAUGAAAAAAUAAAGGCCAAGGAGAAUGAAAAGAAACACAAAGUUGAAGUUGAUACUGAAUUUCCGAAUAAUAAGAGGGACAAAAUAUUAGCUGGAGUGUUUGUGACCUUUGCUAUGAUUUCUUAUGCUAUUUUCACCGGUAUAGUUGAGGUCACGACAAAUGAUGAUGAAAAUUUUGAUGGUGAUGACUAUUUUUUGGAAACAGAAGAUAUAGAAUAUGAUUAA